GAUUGCAGAAUAACCACAGUGACACGUCGCCAAGCCACUAAUCAAGGCAGGACUCUUCCGGGAGGUGAUCUCUGGAAUUGCUCAGUGAGCACCCCUAAUUAAGCUGAUUUAUUGCUGUUAAUCACUCACAAUGGAAUCAAAUCAAAAAUCCGGGGAUGGACUGACAGGCACACAGAAAGAAGCAGCGCUGCGUACAUUGAUCCAGCGCACAGGAUAUGGUUUGCUUCAGGAAAAUGGGCAGAGGAAAUAUGGCGGUCCCCCACCAGAUUGGGAGGGUUCACCCCCUGAGAGAGGCAGUGAGAUCUUCAUUGGAAAGUUACCCCGAGACCUGUUUGAAGAUGAGCUGGUACCGCUCUGUGAAAAAUUUGGGAACAUCUAUGAAGUACGAAUGAUGAUGGACUUUAACGGAAAUAAUCGGGGUUAUGCCUUUGUAACUUUCAGUAAUAAACAAGAAGCCAAAAAUGCAAUGAAACAGCUCAAUAAUUAUGAAAUAAGGAAUGGACGUCUUUUGGGUGUCUGUGCGAGUGUUGACAACUGCCGCCUGUUUGUGGGGGGCAUCCCAAAAGCAAAGAAAAGAGAUGAGAUCUUAGCAGAGAUGAGCAAAGUGACAGACGGGGUAGUCAACUGCAUUGUAUAUCCCAGCGCAGCAGACAAGGCCAAAAACAGAGGCUUUGCUUUUGUGGAGUAUGAGAGCCAUCGAGCUGCUGCCAUGGCCAGGAGGAAACUGAUGCCAGGGAGGAUACAACUGUGGGGCCAUGCCAUUGCAGUGGACUGGGCGGAGCCAGAGGUGGAAGUUGAUGAAGAUACGAUGGCAACAGUUAAAAUCCUGUAUGUGCGGAACUUAAUGUUGUCAACCGCAGAGGCGACCAUUGAGAAUGAAUUCAACAGCAUCAAACCAGGAGCUGUCGAAAGAGUGAAGAAGAUAAGAGACUACGCUUUUGUGCAUUUCACCAACAGAGAAGAUGCAGUAAAUGCCAUGAACAUAUUGAAUGGAAAGCUGGUAGAUGGAUCUCCAAUUGAGGUGACAUUGGCCAAGCCUGUAGACAAGGACAGUUAUGUUCGACACACAAGAGGAACAGGGGGCCGAGGACCCAUGCUGCAAGGAGAAUAUGCUUAUACACUAGGGCAGGUGUAUGAGCCUUCAGCUGCAUACCUGGGAGCUCCUGUCUUCUACGCACCCCAAGCCUACACAGCCAUCCCAAACCCAAUGCGAUUCCCUCCCAACAAGGGACAUGUCAGCACCCGGGGUAUGAUGCGCACCCCUUCCAUCAGAGAAAUUUACAUGACUGUACCUGUAGGGGCUGCGGGUGUUCGAGGGCUGGGUGGACGUGGGUACCUGGCCUAUGCUGGCUUUGGCCGCGGUUUUGCGGGAUACCAACUGAAGGCAGGCAAGCGAGGGGAGGACAAGCUUUAUGACCUCUUGCCCGGAAUGGAGCUCACGCCAAUGAAUCCUGUAACCCUAAAACCUCCAGGAAUCAAACAUGCUCCUCAGAUAUUGGAAGAUAUUUGCCAGAAGAAUAACUGGGGACAGCCAGUUUACCAGCUUCAUUCUGCCAUUGGGACUGACCACAGACAACUUUUCUUGUACAAAAUCACCAUCCCUGCUCUUGCUUCCCAGCACCCCAACAUAGAACGAAAAUCUAAAGAAACGUUCAUAUCUUCACAACAUCUCCUUGCAGACAUCCCUUCACACCUGCAAAGCUCUGUGCUUCAGUGGAUGAAGCAAAGACCUACGCUGCUGAGCAUGUCCUGCAGAUCCUGGGUCUGCAGACAGAGGGGGCUGAGCAGCCAGCGACUGCAGCAUUCCCAGCGUAUGCAAUAACGAAUGCAGCAGGCCAGCUCAAGCAAGCAGUCACCUUAGGACAAGACCUGACAGCUUAUGCAGCGUAUGAGACAUACCCCUCUUUCGCCAUGACAACGCGAGGAGACGGCUAUGGAGUUUAUUGAGACAACUCCCAAAGGACCAUUGACUUAGUUCACGUUCAUGUUAUUGCACAUGAUCAGUGAGUUUUUGAUUUUACCUGAGCUCAUGUCAGAUUGUCAUUUAGAUGAGUACAAUACCACAGUUUUGUUUUUGUGUGUGUGAUUACCAAUUAUUUUAAGAUUUAUUUGAAAUAAUAUAACGUAAAUCUUCAAUUAGACAAACUUUUAACCUGUGUCUUCAUUAAUGUAAUUUCAAUAACAUAAAUGUGAUACUAGUCCUAUUAUGUCUUGACUUGUCUCAGGAAUAAGUAAGCUUGUAUGUUUACAAAAAACAUAUGUCUUUUUUAUUUCUCUUUCAAAAGUGCUUUCUGAAUUUUAAACAGAGUGGUGCGCACAGUCAAUACAUAUUUAAGCACCUAUAACACUGAUGUUCAGGUCAGGCUUCAAGAUGUGCAAAUCAAGAUUGACAGAACCGAGUCAAACUGACUCAAAGUUCUUUAUCCCAACUUUUUUUGGAUUGUGCAUUAACCUAAAUAUAAAUGCAAUUCAGCUUCCAAAUUGACACUGCCUUCCAUUGGCUAUUUUUUAUUUUGGUUUUCUCCUUGGAAUGCAUGAGAAGGGUCUGAAUGCAAGACUGCAGUAAUGAACUGAAUGUGACACAAACCAAAAAGAAAUGGCUUUGUCAACAAAUGUAUGUAUCGCGACACUAAAGUGACUGAUAGAACUUUACUCUUGUCAGGGAAUGGUUUCCAUUUAAAUAUAUUUAUAAUGGUAUUUUUUUUGUUUUCUUUUCAUUAUUUACCACAAAAAACUGUUUGCAUUAUCUGUUUCUGUUGAUUUAGCAGACUUAGAAAUAGAAAAAAGAACAAACAAAUAAAAUCUAUGGCUUUACUGUUCAGAGUUGGUUUCUGUAAAAGCAGCAUCCCAUAAUGAUAGUGAAUACCUUCUGCAUCCCUCCUAUAAAAUAAUAUUCAUGGUCUCUCUGCUAUCAUCUGUUCAGAGAAGUAUAUAAUCUCACUAAAUCUACAGAUUUUUUUUUAUUUGUUUCUACAGGUAGAAUCCCUUUACCAAGAAAAUAUAAGCUUGUUAAUAUAAUUUUCUUAAAAAGAAUGUCCACAUUGUAUACUGUGUUGUUCAAUGGGCCUAAUUUAUACCACUUGUUGUACGGAACCAAUGUAAAGUUGUCCAUUUACAUUAUGCAUGCCAGUAAGGUGUAUUUUUCUAAAGAGCAUUUCAGAACAUGCACAGUACAGGGGGAAGAGGUGUGUUUAAUGAAUGUCACACUUGACAGAGGUAUAGUAAAUGAAUGUUAUGUAAUUUAGAAAUAUGCCAAAGAAGCAAGAGGUGGUAACAGUAUUAAAAAGUGUGCAUAAAGCACUUAAAAUAACUUAUUUUUGUAUAGAAAUCUAUUCUUUUUGGAUACCUGAAAUGUUUCAUAUCAAUUAGAUGGAAAAAAAACAAAACAAAUGGAAAUCACCAAUCGGUGUAAACAUUGGAGUAAACUGGACACAAUAAUUACAAAUAACUGCAGGUGUGCAGCAAAUUGAGAACUGCUUUAUAAUUGUGACGUGGAAACUAAUUUGUCUCUUAAAUUACAAAUAAAAAAAAGUCACAACGGA